UCAUGGCUACAAAUGAUUUGAUGACAGAACUACAGAAAGAUUCUAUCAAGUUGGAUGACGACAGCGAAAGGAAGGUGGUGAAGAUGAUUCUGAAAUUGCUAGAAGAUAAAAAUGGCGAAGUACAAAACUUAGCCGUCAAGUGUCUUGGCCCUUUGGUGAGUAAAGUGAAGGAGUAUCAGGUGGAGACCAUUGUAGACACCCUGUGCACAAACAUGCUUUCAGAUAAGGAGCAGCUCCGGGACAUUUCCAGCAUCGGCCUUAAAACUGUGAUUGGAGAACUCCCCCCGGCUUCCAGUGGUUCUGCACUAGCAGCCAAUGUUUGCAAGAAGAUCACAGGGCGUCUCACUAGUGCCAUUGCCAAGCAGGAAGAUGUGUCUGUUCAGCUAGAGGCACUAGAUAUCAUGGCUGAUAUGCUGAGCAGGCAAGGAGGACUGCUUGUUAACUUCCAUCCUUCAAUUCUGACCUGUCUGCUCCCCCAGCUGACUAGCCCCAGACUUGCUGUGAGGAAAAGAACCAUCAUUGCUCUUGGUCACCUGGUUAUGAGUUGUGGCAAUAUAGUUUUUGUUGACCUCAUUGAACAUCUGUUGACAGAGCUGUCUAAAAAUGAUUCCAUGUCAACAACUAGGACCUAUAUACAAUGUAUUGCUGCCAUCAGUAGGCAAGCAGGUCAUAGAAUAGGUGAAUAUCUAGAGAAAAUAAUUCCUUUGGUUGUAAAGUUUUGUAAUGUAGAUGAUGACGAGCUAAGGGAGUAUUGCAUCCAGGCCUUUGAAUCCUUUGUUAGGAGGUGUCCUAAAGAAGUUUAUCCUCACGUAUCUACUAUUAUAAACAUUUGUCUAAAAUAUCUUACCUAUGAUCCCAAUUACAAUUAUGACGAYGAAGAUGAAGAUGAAAAUGCAAUGGAUGCUGAUGGAGGUGAUGAUGAUGAUCAAGGGAGCGAUGAUGAGUACAGUGAUGAUGAUGACAUGAGCUGGAAAGUGAGGCGCGCGGCGGCCAAGUGCCUGGACGCUGUGGUCAGCACGCGCCACGAGAUGCUGCCCGAGUUCUACAAGACUGUAUCCCCUGCUCUCAUAGCCAGAUUCAAAGAGCGGGAGGAGAACGUCAAAGCAGACGUUUUCCAUGCGUAUCUUUCUCUUCUGAAGCAAACUCGACCUGUGCAGAGUUGGCUCUGCGACCCUGAUGCGAUGGAGCAAGGAGAGACGCCUUUGACGAUGCUUCAGAGUCAGGUUCCCAAUAUAGUUAAAGCCUUGCACAAACAGAUGAAGGAGAAAAGUGUGAAGACCCGCCAGUGUUGCUUUAACAUGCUGACCGAGCUGGUAAAUGUGUUGCCUGGAGCCCUAACACAACAUGUUCCUGUGCUUGUACCAGGAAUAAUUUUUUCACUGAAUGACAAAUCAAGUUCUUCUAAUCUGAAGAUAGAUGCUCUGUCCUGUUUGUAUGUGAUCCUCUGUAAUCAUUCUCCCCAAGUCUUUCAUCCUCACGUUCAAGCAUUGGUACCUCCAGUUGUUGCUUGUGUUGGAGACCCAUUUUACAAGAUAACAUCAGAGGCUCUUUUGGUUACACAACAACUUGUGAAGGUCAUUCGUCCUUUAGACCAGCCUUCUUCCUUUGAUGCUACUCCUUACAUCAAAGAUUUAUUUACUUGUACAAUCAAGAGAUUGAAGGCUGCUGACAUUGAUCAGGAGGUAAAAGAGAGGGCAAUAUCUUGCAUGGGGCAAAUCAUUUGCAGCCUUGGCGACAGCCUUGGCACAGACCUGCCCAGCACCCUUCAGAUCUUCCUAGAGAGACUGAAGAACGAGAUCACUCGGUUAACUACCGUGAAGGCCAUGACACUGAUUGCUGGCUCUCCUUUGAAGAUAGAUCUGAGGCCAGUCCUUGGGGAAGGAGUUCCUAUUCUUGCCUCUUUUUUAAGAAAAAACCAGCGAGCUUUGAAACUGGGCACUCUUUCUGCUCUAGAUAUUCUAAUUAAAAAUUACAGUGACAGCCUGACAGCCGCCAUGAUUGAUGCUGUCUUAGAUGAGCUUCCACCUCUCAUUAGCGAGAGCGAUAUGCAUGUGUCCCAGAUGGCCAUCAGUUUUCUCACAACACUGGCUAAAGUAUAUCCUUCUUCCCUGUCCAAGAUCAGCGGGUCCAUUCUCAACGAACUUAUUGGGCUGGUGAGAUCGCCUCUGCUCCAGGGUGGAGCACUUAGUGCCAUGCUAGAGUUUUUCCAAGCUUUGGUGGUGACUGGGACGAAUAAUUUGGGGUAUAUGGAUCUGCUGCGCAUGCUCACGGGCCCAGUGUACUCGCAGAGCACAGCACUUACUCACAAGCAGUCUUACUAUUCCAUUGCCAAAUGUGUAGCUGCCCUUACCCGCGCUUGCCCUAAGGAAGGACCAGCUGUCGUAGGUCAGUUCAUUCAAGAUGUCAAGAACUCCAGGUCCACAGAUUCCAUUCGGCUUUUGGCUUUGCUUUCUCUUGGGGAAGUUGGCCAUCACAUUGACCUCAGUGGACAAAUUGAGCUGAAAUCUGUCAUUUUAGAAGCGUUCUCCUCUCCUAGUGAAGAAGUCAAGUCGGCAGCGUCUUACGCRCUAGGCAGUAUUAGUGUUGGCAACCUCCCCGAGUACCUGCCGUUUGUCUUGCAAGAGAUAACCAGUCAACCCAAGAGGCAAUACCUUCUCCUUCAUUCCUUGAAAGAAAUAAUUAGCUCUGCAUCAGUGGUUGGUCUCAAACCGUAUGUUGAGAACAUCUGGGCCUUACUCCUGAAACACUGUGAAUGUGCAGAAGAGGGGACAAGGAACGUUGUUGCCGAGUGCUUAGGGAAGCUUACGUUAAUAGACCCGGAGACGCUGCUCCCCCGGCUGAAGGGUUACUUGGCAUCAGGGUCAUCGUAUGCUCGAAGUUCGGUGGUUACUGCCGUUAAAUUCACUAUUUCUGACCACCCACAACCCAUAGACCCACUCUUGAAGAACUGCAUAGGUGAUUUUCUGAAAACACUGGAGGACCCAGAUCUCAAUGUCAGGAGAGUAGCCCUAGUGACAUUCAACUCGGCCGCCCACAAUAAACCAUCACUAAUAAGGGACCUGUUGGACACGGUGCUUCCUCACCUCUACAAUGAGACAAAAGUCCGAAAGGAGCUAAUCAGAGAGGUGGAAAUGGGACCAUUUAAGCAUACAGUUGAUGAUGGAUUGGACAUCCGAAAAGCAGCUUUUGAGUGCAUGUAUACCCUUUUGGAUAGCUGUUUGGACAGACUAGAUAUUUUUGAGUUCUUAAACCAUGUUGAAGAUGGCUUGAAGGAUCACUAUGACAUUAAGAUGCUAACCUUCCUAAUGCUGGUGAGACUGUCUACGCUGUGCCCAAGUGCAGUGCUGCAGAGGCUGGAUAGGCUGGUUGAGCCUUUGCGUGCUACGUGUACAACCAAGGUCAAGGCAAACUCGGUGAAGCAGGAGUUUGAAAAGCAAGACGAACUGAAACGGUCUGCUAUGAGGGCAGUCGCAGCGCUUCUAACCAUUCCCGAGGCAGAGAAGAGCCCACUAAUGAGUGAAUUUCAGUCACAGAUAAGCUCUAACCCUGAGCUGGCAGCCAUCUUUGAAAGUAUCCAAAAAGAUUCAUCAUCCACUAACUUGGAAUCAAUGGACACUAGUUAAAUGUUUGUCCAAAACAGGGACCAUUAUGUUGAACCAGAUGAUGCACUGAAUUGACAGGUUAUGAGUAAGAAACAGAAAAGUAUCUAAUCUACACAUUGUUCCACUUUAUUUACCUUUAAGGAGACCGUUGGCUUUUCCCAUUGUUGCUUUUCUAGCAUUUAUUCCAGAAAUGUAUUUCCAUGAUCCAGAGUUUGUUAACCACUCUUGUUUUAGUGGAUUUGGCCACAUUUGGGAAUAAAAAGUUGACGCAUGGUGUAUGGAAAUAGGUUCCAACAUCCAUUUGCCCUGUAACGUUUAGGAUUAAAAUGUUAAAAUUUUGUGACCACGAUUAUUUUUUCUUUUAUUCACUCUUUCUACUUGUAAAGGCAAAAAAAAGGAAGGUGGGUGGGAAACCCUCCAGGUGCACCAUGUUUUUGUAUGACUUUUAUUCUUUUUUCUUUUUUUUUUCAGCUUCAUAAAUUGAUUUGGUUGGCAGACAAAAAAUCUGUGCAAGAUUUCUUAUAUUAAAUAUAGGGUUUGGGCACAGUUCCAAAAAGCAGACAUAAAUGUCAUUUUUAAGUGUGGGGAUUAGAAAACCAGCGUCCCCGUUGUGCACACUAACUUUGCAUGACCAAGUUUACAAUUAUAUAGUGUCUGUAAAACAGCAUGUGCAGUUUAUUCGUAAUGCAAGUUAAAAUCAGUGCUGCUGUGUCAGUGCAGUCUUCAGGUAUUUUGACAUACCAGACCUUCAUCCAGGAAAGGAUGAAUGGAGGUUGGCUGUCUUAAAUGGGCUUUUUUAAAUGCCAGUGGUGUGGUCUGUGGAUGCUCUUGUAGCACAUGGAGCAACCAGUAUCAGGGUGUUUCAGACUCGAAGGCUGGAUCCCCUGAAAUUGAGGUGGACAAAGCAGAACAUUGAAGGAAAGUUUGAUGAGAUGGAAGUAAAAUGAGCAGAGAAUUGGAGGAAAAUAGGAUGAGAUGGGGGUAAAAUGAGCAGAGAAGAGCAAUAGCUGCUGGAUGGCCGCUGAACUCUGAGUCCAACUCUGCUUUUACUAAAGGUGCAUGAGGAGGUUUCAAGUGGCUUCUACCUCCUCUUCCUCAUCCUACAGCUUCCAUCCAGGCCCCACACAGUGUCACCUAGACAAGUAUUCCCAAACCAUCAUUCUGUGCCUAGGAAAAUGUUUUCUGGCAUAGGGAACCACCAGUAACUGCUGUGCUGCAAGUGUCUUAUGGCCACCUGGUGAGAUAGGAGGCUUGGAGCCAUCGUAAGCCUGUCGAGAAAGAGAAAUGUUAGACAGCAAACAGGUAGUGCGAGACAAGUGUGCUGUAGCACACAGAGGUCGUGUGGGACAAGGGGACAGCUGGCAGGUCCCUCUGACCCUUAAUAGCAGAACCAUCAGUGGGAGCCACUGCCUCAAAUUAAGACUUGCCAUUACUUUACACAGUUGUCUUUUUUAAUCGGCUCUGAUUUUUUUUCCUAGUUAACUGAUUUAUUUUUUUAUUAUUUUUUUUAUUAGCUAUUUGGUAUUUUGGAACCCUAGUACACAAAUGUGGUAUAUGCUACAGACUUCAACAAAAACAUGCAUUUUUAUGACCUCUGAGACAGUUUUCCAUAAGAAUUGGGGUUUUUAGGAGCACAUUUCUAGUCUUACAUGCUUGCAGGUUGGGGAAAGCAGAGAGGCAUUGAUGCAUUUUACUUUAAUAAAAGGACCUGAACUAAGAUGUUUUUGAACUCAUUCCGUAGUACAAUUUUAAUGCUGUAGAAAUUUUUGAAACUGUAGCUUUGUCUGUCUCCAAAAGUCUUCAAACUAAUGUAACAGUUGUCUUCUAGUAGUAGAAAUAAAUGAGAUUAACUGUACCAAUAUAUUUAAAUGUCAUGGAAAAAUAUGGAUGACUCUAGUGAGAAACCAUAUGGUGAGAAAAGCACUGUGAAUUAGGUGCAUUUUCCCCUGCUGUACAACUCAUCUACUUCAAUUACAGCAAUAUACAAAACUCCUAAUUAAGAAUCUGCUGUGCUAAUUAGUUGUCAAACUUAUCUUGGUACUUCUGUGUAAAGUUCUCAGAGUGCAUUAAAAUGUCUUACAGACCUCAAGUUAGGUGUGAAAAUGGUAUGAUAAACACAAAACGCGUGGUAAGCAGGAUGGUGAACAGGAUGCGUAUGAAUUUUGUUGGUUUUGUUUCAUAAUUCCUUGCUAUAGAGCAAGCUUAAGGACAAAAGAGAAGGCUGGGAUAUAUUAGUGUAUUAUUAGUGCAUGUUUUCUUGCAGGACACAGUACUUGUUGCUUUGACCACUGAUAAAGCAGGUGGCAAUAUUAAGAAUUAAGUCUUCCGUGUAACUUGUAGAAGCUUGAGAAUAAAGUUUUCUCUAGAAAGCUGUGGGAUAUUUCCACAGUGUUAAGGCAGGAAGACAGGCUCACCAAGGACAUAACUGCACCAUAAUUUCUGCAAGUUUUUAUUAGUAUUUGGAGCAUAUAAUUAGGUUAGGAGUUCAAAUUCCACUGAUGUUCACUGGAUUGCCUGAUUUGCAGUGGUUUGUGUUCAUCACUGUAUAUGCAAGUAUUCUGAUAAAUCUGAUUCACUCUUGGUUUCUAGUGUAAUAAGGUUCAAGAAAUUCUUUUAAGGACGAUGCCAAAAAUCCUACUAGCCUUUUUACUUUCCUUCUGCCACUAAAUAUUUGAAACUAAAAUAUGAAAUCAACCUCCUUGAGCAAAACACAAAUUCUGUAAGGAUCUCUUAAAGAUCCCUUGUAUGGUUAGAUUUUGUUCUUUUAUUUUUUGCACAGAGGCAACAGAGAAGUAAAUGAACUUGCACAUAAUAUAUAGAUCAAAAAAAAAAAAAAAAA